ACAAAUUGGAACAAUAAGUUUGUGAUCCCUCCCAAAACUAUGACACCUUCUAGAGUACUUUUGUUCCAAUUCUACCCUCUCCUUCUUCUCCCAUUACUCCUGCAAUCAGUCUCACACAAAAUCCCAAGACUCUCUCCCCACAACAAAGAAGCAUUGAUCUUGAGAAACCCUGAUGACGUCAUCUCUACAUCAGCCAUUUCAAAAGAUUUUAAGACACAUUUCUACUCACAAACUCUUGAUCAUUUUAACUAUGCCCCUCAGAGUUAUGCCACUUUCAGACAAAGAUAUGUUGUGAAUUCUAAGUAUUGGGGUGGCCCAACCUCAAAUUCCCCCAUUUUUGCUUAUCUUGGAGCAGAAGCACCACUGGAUGAAGACCAGGAAGUUAUUGGUUUUCUUAAUGAUAAUGCUCCUCAUUUCAAGUCUCUUUCAGUUUACAUUGAGCAUCGAUUUUAUGGAAAAUCAGUGCCUUUUGGAAAAAUGGAGGACGCCAUGAAAAAUGCUACGCUGCGUGGGUAUUUUAGCUCAGCUCAAGCUAUAGCUGAUUAUGCAGAGAUUUUGUUGCACGUAAAGCAUAAGUUUGCAGCACAUUAUUCUCCAAUUAUUGUCGUUGGAGGAUCCUACGGAGGAAAGCUAGCUUCGUGGUUUCGGCUCAAGUAUCCACACAUCGCUCUAGGCGCUCUAGCAUCAUCAGCUCCGGUUCUUUAUUUCGACAAUAUUACUCCACAAAAUGGAUAUUACUCGAUUGUAACCAAGGACUUUGAGGAGGUCAGCAAGAACUGCUACCAAACUAUUAAAAACUCAUGGGCUGAAAUCGACAAAGUGGCAUCAAAACCUAAAGGCCUCUCCAUACUUAGUCAAAGAUUCAAGACUUGCUCGCAUUUGAAUAAUUCUGAUGAGCUGAAGGAUUUCUUGGACACAAUGUACUCUGUAGCAGCUCAGUAUAAUCAUCCGCCAACGUAUCCGGUGACUGUUGUGUGUAAAGGGAUCGACGGAGCUCCGGCAGGGACUGAUGUCAUUGGCCGGAUUUUCGCCGGCGUCGUGUCUUACAGAGGGAAUAGGACAUGCUAUGAUACAAAUGCCUAUAAUUAUCCUAGCGAAACUAGCGUUGGAUGGGAAUGGCAAACUUGUAGUGAAAUAGUGAUACCGAUUGGAAGAGGAGAAAACGACACAAUGUUUCCAGCAGCUCCAUUCGAUUUACAUGAAUUUGCUAAAAGUUGUAAGGACUUUUAUGGUGUCCCACCUCGUCCCCAUUGGAUUACAACGUAUUACGGAGGCCAUGAUAUUAAAUUGGUUUUGAACCGAUUCGGAAGCAACAUAAUAUUUUCCAAUGGUCUCAGAGAUCCUUACAGUAGCGGAGGGGUGCUAGAAGACUUGUCAGAAAGUAUAGUUGCGGUAACUACGCCCAAAGGUUCACACUGUCUGGACAUACUGUACUCAGCCAAAACUGAUCCAGAUUGGCUCAUUCUACAAAGGAAAAGAGAGAUUGAGAUCAUCGAAGGAUGGCUGAAAACAUACUAUUCUGAUCUUCAGGCCUUGAAGAGAUAGAUAGAACUGAGGACAUUGUUUUUGGAAGCUUCUUAUUUUACUUCUUCGAAGAAGAAUAAUAUGCUAAUUAUUUAUGAAGAUUAAA